AUGGUGGAGAAGGCGGGGGAGGGGAUCGGCUGCAGAACAGAAGGCACCCGAAGCACCAAGAAGCAGAACAAGAAGGCUGUUCCAGGUGAAGAAAAAGAGAAGGGGAAGAACGUCUGGGGCAGCGGGGAGAGGGAGAGGGGCAGCUUUACGUCUCCGCAGAGUCUCGACCUUUUCGAUGGUGACAGCUUCCGCCCAAAGCCAGAAAACGCGCAGAGAACCCGCAGAAAAGAACCCAAGGACCCCGAAAAUAAACCUGAAUGA